AUGAUUCUGCUCCAGCAAUCGCUUUCCUCCCGUCUAGCCGGCACAACCGCCAGCGACUGGCAGAAUGAUCACCCGCAGCCGACAUACCGUCGCUAUCCCUCAUUCUCCUUUAUAAACAACGGCGAAAAUUCUGCCAGAGAAGAUGCUGACAGCAGUAGUAAGACGUACGGCUCAUCCUCCGCAUCAGGCGCCGCGAAUGACGGCGUGCGAACCGGAGGGAGCAGCAGCGCGUACAAUACGAGCUCGGGGAUUGUGGCGGGGAAAGUGAACGUGCAUCUGGUGCCGCACUCGCACGACGACCUGGGAUGGCUCAACACGGUUGAACAGUACUAUAUCACGGCCGUCCAGUUCAUCCUAGAGACGGUGGUCGACCAGCUGGAGGCCAAUCCUGACCGUCGAUUCAUCCAAGUGGAGCAGGGUUUCUUCUACCGCUGGUGGCAGCAGCAGUCGGAGGGCAUGCGGCGGCGCGUGCGUGCUCUCGUGCACUCGGGGCAACUGGAGUUCAUCAACGGCGGGUGGGUGAUGCACGAUGAGGCGGUGUGCCACUACAGGGACGUGCUGCACCACAUGUCGCUGGGCCACCGCUUCCUGCGCCGCCACUUCAACACCUCCCCCUCCAUCGCCUGGCAGAUCGACCCCUUCGGCCACUCCGCCACGCAAGCCAGCCUCAUCACCGCUCAGGUGCGGCCAUGUGCAUGCAGACAUGCCUUCGGCCACUCCGCCACCCAAGCCAGACUCAUCACGGCCCAGGUGCGCCGCGAUGAAGGGAGGGAAGGCAUGGCACUGCCUGAGCAGGGCGGGCUGGAUGCGGUGUUCUUUGCGCGGGCAGACCAUGAGGACAUAGCGCGGCGCAAGAGGGAGCGGAGCACGGAGUUUGUGUGGCGCGCUUCCCAGACGUUUGGCCGGCAGGCUGAGGUGUUUGCAGGCAUUCUGUACUGGGACGGCUACUUCGCCCCGGAGCCAUUCCGCUUCGAACCAUAUGAUCCACUCACCAACCUUGUCAAGGACGGCCGUGUGAAUGCCCUCUACUCCACGCCCUCGCGCUACCUGGAUGCCAAGCACCGCAGCAACCAGUCGUGGCCGCUCAAAGAGGCCGACUUCUUCCCGUACGCGAGUGCUUCCACGGAGUACUGGACUGGGUAUUACUCAAGCCGCCCGGCCUUCAAGGGCUAUGCUCGCAUGUGCAGCAGCCUGUUACAGGGCUGCGCUUGCAGUGCUGCUGUCAACGAAACAUUGCGCCAUCCAUACCCCCCACACCCUUCCACCCCACGUCCGUUCCUUCCUCCUCCCUUCCACCCCCCCACGCUGCUCCUCCCGCAGGCAGCCACGCUACUGGAAGCAACAGUGGGCCAGUCCAAGCUGCUAGCGUGGGGAAACCAAACCUCCCGCCUCGUGGUGCCCGUGCUGCUCUCCACCAACCUCACCACUAUCCACGCCCCCUCGCCCCCAGCGUCCCGCCUGGCCUCGACGUUCCCUUUGGAGGAGGCAGUGGCAGUGGCACAGCACCACGAUGCCAUCACAGGCACGGCGAAACAGCAUGUGAAUGAUGACUACACGCUGCAGCUCUAUAAGGGCGCACAGGAGGUAGGGCCUGGCAUGGCACAGGAUAGGGAACAUCAAGAAUGUGGGCAUGCAGGGACAGUGGCACAGCAGCAUGGCGCCAUCACAGGCACGGCGAAGCAGCACGUGUCUGACGACUACACGCUGCAGCUGUACAGAGGAGUGCAGGAGGGGAGUGCAGGAGGUAGGACGUGUGGGGAAGGGGAAGUUGGGCAUGAUGAGUACACGCUGCAACCCUACAAGGGAGCACAGGAGGCGUCUGUGAUAGUGACUUCGUCCCUCGCUCACCUCAUCACUCAGGGCGCACUGGACCUCCAACCCGCCGCUGUUUCCACUCCUGCUGCUCCUGCUGCUCGCACCACAGUUCAACCUGCUGCUCCUGCCGAGACACUCUAUAAUGAGACAGAGAAUCUGGGAAACAGAGGCACAGAGGGAGCGCUGAGGCUUGGACUGGACUUCCAGCUGUGCCCACUACUCAACAUCUCCUACUGCCCACCCACGCACCACCCCAUCCCCCACGGCACCACACUGGUUAUUGCUGCGUACAACCCACUCGGUUGGGCCCGAGACGAGAUAAUCCGCAUUCCUGUCUCCUCCCCUGCAGUCAUUGUGACUGACGCCCAUGGCAACACCGUUCCCUCACAGGCCAUUCCCGAGGCCCUGGUUCCAUGGGAAACCCGUGAGAGGUACAUCAAUGUGCAGAUGGGUGGCGAGAGUGUCAAAAGGGGCGAGGAGAGGGUGGGGGGGGGCGAGGAGGAGAAUCAAGGGAGGGAGGUGAGAGAGCAACAGCAGCAGCAACAGCAGCAGCAACAGCUGGAGGAGCAGCAGAAUCAGCAGCAGAAUCAGCAGCAGCAGCAGCAGAAGAAGAAGAAGCAGCAGCAGCAAAAGCGACAGCAGCAGAAGCAGCAGAAUAAACAGCAAAACCAGCAGCAGCAGCAGCAGCAGCAGCAAGGCGUGGUGGUGUCAGUGGUGUUCCGUGCCAAGGUGCCACCCCUCGGCUACUCCACCUUCUUCCUCUCUCCAGCUUCCCCUAACACCCCCGGCGCUGCAGUACAGAGCACCGAGUGGCAGGCACAGGUGCAGCCGGGAGGUGGGGGCGGGGAGUGGGGCAAGGGGGAGGAAGCGGGUGAAGGAAAGGAGGAGGGAGGACGGGGGGAAGAGGGUAAGGAGGGGAAGGAAGGAGGGGAGGAAGGGGAGGGUUUGGAGAGAGAAGGUGUGAUGGUAGAUGAGGAGGGUGAAGGGGUUGGUGGUGGUGAUGUGAUUGUGCUGGGAGGCUGGGAUGGGGCUGCUAGUGGACCUGGUGGUGGUGCUGCUGAGGUCGAUGGUGCUGUUGCUGGCAGUGUUGGUGAUGUUGCUACUGCUGGUGCGGCUGGUGUUGCUAGUGAUGGGGAGGGUGGUACUGCCCCUGGGAGCACAGCGCCAGGGAGCUCUAAUGCACAAAGUGGCUCUUCACAGACAGCACUGCGAGUGCUCUUCUCGAAGGGAGCAUACGGCUUGGCUCGCCUGCAAUUGCUUGCCCGCAACCAGCAGGGAGGCGAAACAGUGGUAAGAUAUGGUGCUGUGCUGCACCAUGUGCUGUGCUGCACCAUGUGCUGUGCUGCACCAUGUGCUGUGCUGCACCAUGUGCUGUGCUGCAUCAUGUGCUGUGCUGCACCAUGUGCUGUGCUCCAUCAUGUGCUGUGCUCCAUCAUGUGCUGUGCUGCAUCAUGUGCUGUGCUGCAUCAUGUGCUGUGCUGCAUCAUGUGCUGUGCUGCUGACCAAACUGCUGAUGCUCUCCAUCUCGCAACUCCUUCCCAUCACUGCCCCACCAUCCCACAUGGCAUGGUGCCAAUCCGAGUGCUUCGGGGGCCGCUAGUGGAGGAGUUUCACCGAGCACUGGCGCCCUGGCUGUCCGAGGUCAUUCGAGUGUAUCCGGGACAAGACUAUGCAGAGAUGCAUUACAUGGUGGGCCCAGUGCCCAGGAAGCCCUAUGUGGGUCGCGAGGUGGUCACUCGCUUCGCCUCCUCCCUCGCCACUGCCGGUGUGCUCUUCACCGACUCUCAGGGCCGCGACUACCUUCGCCGGGUGCGCAACCAUCGGGCGGAUUGGAACCUCACCGUCUACCAGCCUAUCGCCGGCAACUUCUACCCUCUCACAGCAGGGGCAUUCAUCGCCGACAGCACCGCCCAGCUCUCGCUGCUGGUGGACCGGCCACUGGGGGCGGCCAGCCUGGCAGACGGGCAGAUCGAAGUCAUGCUGCACCGGCGCAUGAUCUCAGACGAUGGCGAGGGCGUGGCGGAGGUGCUUGAUGAGAAGGUCUGCGACUCCCAUGAUAACUGCACCCCCCUGGCUGUGGUGGGAUUUAUUCGCUUUGCUCUGCAUCCCAGCGCUCCCAGCGACACCGACUGCUACGGCGGGGAUCCUGGCGAUGCAGGGGAUUCCGAUUCAGGUGCAGCUGCAGGCGCUUCCAGUAUCAAUGCACUCAAUAACGAGGACAGUGCAGUCACAGGCUCGGAGGAGUGGGUGUCAGAGGAUUCUGUUGCAGUAAGCGAUUCCGCCAGUGUAGUGGAUUCUGGUGAAGUAGCGGAUGCUGCCAGUAAUGGAGAAGUCAAUAGCGAGGACAGGGAGUGGGCCUCAGGAAAUCGUGGUGGCGCAGCAGGUGCUGCUGCGGACUCCGAAGAAAGUCAACCGCCGUCCGGCCGGCGAAAGCUGGGCAGCAAAGACAAGAGGCAUGAAAGGUUGGGCGGCAAAGGGAAACGUAGAAGGGGAAGGGAAGAGAAGGAGAGGGGCGAAGCGGCAGGGGGCGGAGUGGGGGAGAGUGGGGGGAAGGGGGGUGUGAGGGGCGAGGCGGCCAGGUGGAGGAAGGAGCACACAGAGAGAAUGGUGUCACCACUGCAACUGGCAUUUGCACGUGAGGAAACAAAGGCACUGAAGGCAGCGCAGGGCAUGAGAUGGACGUAUUCCCUCUCACACAUGCCUCAAGAAGACGGUCAAGAGGUCAAACAAGGGCGCAACCAGGGAAACACACCCUCGCCCUACCACCUCCCUCCAAACGUUGCCAUUGUCUCGCUACAGGAGCUAGCACCCAAUGAGGUGACAGUCCGAUUUGCACAUCUGUACGAGGCCAAGGAGCAUCCCCAGCUGUCCAGCCUAGCCUCUGUUCAUCUCCCCUCGCUCUUCGCCUCACGAAAGUGCCCCUUGCACCCCCUCGUGGGUGCCCCCCCGCACCCCCUCGUGAGUGCCCCUUGCACCCCCUUGUGA